UCGGACUGCCUGUCGGCGGAGCUCAGUGAACUCUUCCCGCCAGCAGAGCGCGUCCCUGCGCCUCGUACAGAAACCGGGGAUGCCUCCUACCAGAGCACGAACCCACUCCCCGUUUUCCGUGAAACUGUGAAAAGGAAAAGCCCUGUUGUUUUUUUAACACUGUCAGAAAGCCCAUGCACCGAGAGCUUUCUCCACCACCUCCACCGCUCGCAGGACUCUCCCAGGAUGCUGUCGAACGACCCUCACAUCGGGUACAAAGUGGCAGGCUGUUUGAUUUUUCUCUGUUUCUUUCACAUCAACUUCACUGCUGGCAGCUCAGGAAAAGGCUCACAGAGCCAAGAUGAUAUGCAUGUCAUCCACAACAGUCAACUGGACCUGCGGGAGAUAGUAUUCAUCAUCCAAAGUCAAAGCAACUACUUCCAUGUGAGGCAGGCAGAAAGACGGAGAGCAGAUUUACUCAAGCAGGCACACAGUCUCACAGAGAAACCACCGUUGGUUUUGCUCCUUCAUAGUUUAUCAGAUAAUGAGGGAGACUGGAGUAUCCUUCCUCUGCUGCCUUACUUAUCAUACUCCUUUGGGAAAAACUCAUCCUGGAUUGUAUUUCUUGAGGAGGAAACAAAUGUGAAGAUGACUAAGCUUGUUCAAGUCCUUGCAAAAUUUGACAAGAAUAAAGAGUGGUUUCUUGGUAAGCCUCUCCAUGACAAGGAAUCGACCAUCAUCCAUCACUAUGCCUUUGCAGAGAAUCCCUCUGUCUUCAAAUAUCCAGACUUUGCAGCUGCUUGGGCUUUAAGCAUCCCUCUAGUUGUUCGGCUUGCAAACAAAGUGAGAGAUGAGCCACUUAAAUCUGACUUCACCAUUGACCUGAAACAUGAGGUAGCCUUGUAUAUCUGGGACAAUGGGAAGGGUCCACAUCUCACUGCUGUUCCUGAACUGUGCACUGAGCCAGAGGACUCUCCUCAGGCCCAGCACUGUGCCACCAGUCUGAGCAGCGAGCCUCCACUCUGUGGGGAGCCUGUAAAUAAAGAAGAUAUAUUUGUUGCUGUGAAAACGUGUAGGAAGUUUCACAGUGAAAGAGUUCCUGUGAUAAAGAAGACUUGGGAAAAGGAUGCCUUAUUUUUAGAGUACUACAGUGACCAUGCUGAUCCUUCAAUACCAACUAUUAAUUUAGGAGUACCGAAUACUGAAAGAGGCCACUGUGGGAAGACAUUUGCAAUCCUUCAAAGAUUUCUAAGCAGCACUGUCCCAAACACCAAGUGGCUCCUAGUUGUGGAUGAUGACACACUUAUCAGCCUCCCCAGGCUGCAAGUCUUGCUGAGCUGUUACGACCCCUCUGAACCAGUGUGUCUAGGGGAGAGGUACGGCUACGGCCUGAGCCAAGGUGGCUACAGCUACAUCACAGGGGGUGGAGGUAUGGUGUUCAGCAGGGAGGCUGUCGUCCAGCUUCUUAACAGCGGCUGCAAGUGCUACAGCAAUGAUGCGCCAGAUGACAUGGUGCUGGGAAUGUGCCUCAAUGCUCUUGGACUUCCUGUCACACACAGUCCACUCUUCCAUCAGGCACGCCCAGAGGACUAUGCCAGAGACUUCUUAGCUCACCAGGUGCCCAUCUCUUUCCAUAAACACUGGAACAUCGACCCCGUUGCGGUUUUCAACAAAUGGCUUAAGGAUGACUUCAGGGCAAAACCUUCGGGUGGACUUAAUAAGAGCGCUAAGACGGAGUUAUAAUAAUUAUAAGCACAUGACUAGCCUGUAUGAAUAUGUGUGUAGGUAUGUACAGUGUGUGUGUGAGAGAGAGACAGAGUGUGUGUUUUAUGGAGUCAUGGAAUUGAAGUGUUGUCCUUCAGAGAUGUAAAUGUUUUUGUAUUGUUAAUGUUGAAGUGUUAAUUAAGAGGGACCAUGCAAGUGUGUGUCCAUGACUGAGUUGCAUGUUGAGGUUAUUGUUAUUUUGGAAAUAUGAAUAUGAUAUGUGUAUAUUUAUAUCAUAUUAAUAAUCUAAACCUUACAGAGGAGCACAUCGUCUUCUCUGGGAGAUACUGUAUCUUUCAAGAAGCAUCACUAAUGCUGUACAAUGUGCUCUAUUUUGACAUAAAAGUCUAAAUAUUUGAUAAUGUUUUGCUUUUCUAUUUCACUGGAGGCCUACUAUAGGAUUUAGUUUAAACCAGUAAUGCAUAAAUUAUGAAGUUGUUAAAGGUUAAUUGAGGCUAAGAAUAACAUGAUGAAACUACGGUAUGAACACAGACUGUUUGGCUAAAAUGCAACAUUAAAGCUCUCUAAAGAGUAAAGUUUUUUUUUUUUUUUUUACUUACUCCCAAAAUGUUCCCAGCAUGUAGUUUUUUUUAAAGGGGUCCAACUGGUGCUGAGGCAGUUAAAUGUCUUGCCUUUACUUUAAACUCACCUAAAAACCUCAUUACAUUUCUGGCCAAAACCAUCUGUUUCUCAAGGCUCACUUUGACCUCAAACAGAGUCUCGGGAACAGAAAAAAAGAAACAAAAAAACUUGGGCAUAAUUUCAUGGACAUGCUUGUAAAACAUUAGCUGAUAUCCUGAGGUCUGAGGUGGGAAUUAGUUUUAUCAACAUCAGUACCAGUUUUUCAUUUUCCCUUUUUUUCCCCCUCCCAAGAUUAACUGUCUCUGAUAAUUAAUUGGCAGGCUCAGUGAUUUGCUGACCAUUAUUAAAGGUCUUUCAAAGACCUUGAGCCUCGGUUGUCAAAUGAAACCUUUCCUCUGGCUGCUUGCCAUAUUGAAAAGUUAAUUUGCAGUUGUAAUGCUUCAUUCUCAAAAAAAAUGGAAGGAACUGCUGCCUCAUAAUGGUUGCAAAAGCUUUGGAAAACUUUGGGAUUAUGAAAGGCCUAAUAUGAAUUACACUGAACUAAUGGAAUUUUGAAAUGUUAAUAAAGGGAAAACUCAUUACUGUCAGUGAAAAUGCA